CGGCGGCAGCGUGUGGCGGCGGCCGGAGCAGCCAUGGCGUACCGCGGGCAGGGCCAGAAGGUGCAGAAGGUGAUGGUGCAGCCCAUCAACCUCAUCUUCCGCUACCUGCAGAACAGGUCCAGGAUCCAGGUGUGGCUCUAUGAGCAGGUGAACAUGCGGAUAGAAGGCUGCAUCAUUGGGUUUGAUGAAUACAUGAACUUGGUGCUGGACGAUGCGGAGGAGAUUCACUCCAAAACAAAGUCAAGGAAGCAGCUGGGUCGGAUCAUGUUGAAAGGGGACAAUAUCACCCUGCUGCAAAGCGUUUCUAACUAGGAUGUGUUGUUCUUCACUUAGAACAACGGUUCUGGGGCUUCAGAGGGAACAAAGAGCUGGUGGGAGCAGGACCAGCUCAUAGAGAGGGAGUUCUGUGUAGCUGGGGUCACCGGCAGGGCUCAAACCUGCCCCUUCCCUUGUGUGAGUGAUUUUGGGCUUUGUGGUUUGAAACAGCGAUGAUGUGUGUCACAAAUAAACGUUUUUCACCAUAACUGUAAA